AUGUUGGAGCUGCGAGUCGUCAAACGUACCGGGGAGGUUGUGGCCUUCGAUGAGGUGCGCAUUCGCGCCGCCAUCGAGAAGGCUGUACAGGCGGUUGGGACACCGGUGCCGGAGGCUCAGCUCGGCGAGUUGACCAACUCGGUUUGCCGCGAAAUCGAGCAACGGUUCGUCGACUUCUACCCCAACGUCGAGAACAUCCAAGACAUCGUCGAAAAAUAUCUGGUCCGCGGUCAGCUCUACGAGAUCGCCAAGGCUUACAUCCUCUACCGGGCAACCCGCGGCCAGGCCCGCGAGGAAUCCAAGAAGCGCACCCUCGAAAGCGCCAAGCUCGGCAAACUGACGGUCAAAAAGCGUGAUCAGCGCACCCAGCUGUUCAACGUCAAGAAGCUCGACGAGUCGAUCCGCCGCAACGCCCGUGGGCUCAACGGGGCGAUCGAUGUCGACUCGGUCGUGCGCGAGGUGAUUAAGAACGUCUACGACGAAGUUGGCACCCAGAACAUCGACCGCGCCUUGGUGCUGGCCUCGGCCAGCUUCAUCGAGCGCGACCCGGCCUAUGGCUACCUCGCCGCCCGACUGCUACUGCAGCGGAUCUACAAAGAGGUGAUCGGGGUUUCGACCACCGCCGACGAGCGCACCGAGAUCUAUCGCAAAGCCUUCGUCUCCGGCAUCCAGAGCCACGUCGGGCAAGGCAACUUGGACCCUCGGAUGGGCGAGAUGGACCUCGACCGGCUGGCCGGGGCGCUGCGGCCAGAGCGCGAUUACGAGUUCAAUUUUCUCGGCCUGCAGACCCUCUACGAGCGCUACUUCAUCCGCACCGGCGACUACUGCGGCGAGCUACCGCAGGCCUUCUGGAUGCGGGUCGCGAUGGGCCUGGCGAUCGAGGAAGAGCAAGCCGAGGACUGGGCGAUCGAGUUCUACGAGCUCAUGUCGAAGUUGCUCUACGUGCCGUCGACACCGACCAUGUUCCACGCCGGCACGAAUCAUCCGCAGCUCAGCUCGUGCUACCUGACCACCAUCGACGACGACCUACGGCAGAUCUUCAAGUGCCUGGGCGACAACUCACAGCUGUCGAAGUGGUCGGGCGGUAUCGGCAACGACUGGUCCAACAUCCGUGGCACCGGCUCGGCGAUCAAGUCGACCAAGGUCGAGAGCCAGGGCGUGAUCCCGUUCCUGAAGAUCGCCAACGACGUCACCAACGCGAUCAACCGCAGCGGCAAGCGUCGCGGCGCCACCUGCGCCUACCUCGAGACCUGGCACUACGACAUCGAGGACUUCCUCGACCUGCGCAAGAACACCGGCGACGAGCGCCGCCGGACUCACGACAUGAACACCGCCAACUGGAUUCCGGAUCUGUUCAUGAAGCGGGUGAUCGCCGACCGCGAGUGGACCCUGUUCUCGCCCGACGAGACCCCGGAUCUGCACGGCACCUACGGCAGCGACUUCGAACGCCGCUACCUCGAAUACGAGCGCAAGGUGGACCGCGGCGAAAUCGCGCUUUAUAAGCGUCUACCGGCCAAGAACCUGUGGCGCAAGAUGCUCACCAUGCUGUUCGAGACCGGCCACCCUUGGAUCACCUUCAAGGACCCCUGCAACAUCCGCUCGCCACAAGACCACGUCGGCGUGAUCCACAGCUCGAACCUGUGCACCGAGAUCACGCUGAACACCUCGGCCGAAGAGACCGCGGUCUGCAACCUGGGCUCGGUCAACCUGGCCCGCCACGUCAGCGGCGCCGAGCUCGACGAGCAACUCCUGGCGCGCACCGUGCGAACCGCCACGCGGAUGCUCGACAACGUGGUCGACAUCAACUUCUACCCGACGCCGGAGGCCAAGCGCUCCAACCUGCGCCACCGACCGGUGGGCCUGGGUCUGAUGGGCUUGCAGGAUGCCUUGUUCCAGAUCGACGUGCCGUUCAAGUCCGAAGAGGCGCUCGAAUUCGCCGACCGGGUGAUGGAGGUGAUCUCCUACAACGCCAUCCUGGGCUCCAGCGAGCUGGCCAAAGAGCGCGGCACCUACGGCAGCUACGAGGGUUCGAAAUGGCACCGCGGCCUGUUGCCGAUCGACACCGUCGACUUGCUGGAGCAAGAGCGCGGCGUGCCGAUCGAGGUCUCGCGCACCAUGCGGCUCGAUUGGACGCCGGUGCGCGAGCACGUGCGCAAGCACGGCAUGCGCAACUCCAACACCAUGGCGAUCGCGCCGACGGCGACGAUCUCCAACAUCUCGGGCUGUUUCCCGUGCAUCGAGCCGAUCUACAAGAACAUCUACGUCAAAGCCAACAUCUCCGGCGAGUUCACGGUGGUCAAUCAGUACUUGAUCGAGGACCUCAAGAAACUCGGCCUGUGGAAUGACGAGACCCUGGAGCAGCUCAAGGCCUAUGACGGCAACGUCGGCCGUAUCGCCGCCGUCCCCGAGGAGCUCAAGGCCAAGUACCAGGAAGCCUUCCAGAUCGACCCGAUCUGGGCCUUGAAGAUGACCGCCGCGCGCACCAAGUGGAUCGACCAGAGCCAGGCCCACAACGUCUUCAUGACCGGCACCUCCGGCAAGAAGCUGUCGGACACCUACAUCGCGGCCUGGAAGAUGGGUCUCAAGACCACCUAUUACCUGCGCACCCUGGCAGCGACCCAGAUCGAGAAGUCGACCGUCGACGCCGCCAAGUUCGGCUACACCCAGAAUCGCGAGAAAGCUGAGACUGUACCGCCGCUGGCCGCCGACCCAUCGGCCUCGGCAAACGGACCCGUGGUAGCGGCCGGUGCCGAUCAUCCGGCCACCGCCGCCAACGGCAAGCCGGCCGAAGAGCCCAAGCUCUGCCGGAUCGAGGAUCCGGAGUGCGAAGCUUGCCAGUAA